AUGUCGAAACUUCAUCCUCCUGGCGUCAAGACCGUUGGUCCCGACACAAACUGUACGCUGGAUAACUGUCCCGCCGAAUGGAGCAUCUACGGCUUCCGACCGUCGCUGGCUGCUAAUGCCACCUUUCUCGGUCUGUUUAUCCUGGUCGGCCUUGCCCAUGGGUAUCUCGGUUUCAGAUGGAGAAGCUGGGGCUUCAUGGGCGGAAUGAUUCUCGGAUGCCUGAGUGAAGCCAUUGGCUACGCCGGCCGCAUCAUGCUCUACAACAACCCCUUCUCCUUCGUCGGCUUCAUGGUUCAAAUCGUCUGCCUCACCAUCGCACCCGUCUUCUACACCGCCUCCAUCUACGUCACCCUCUCCAAGACAAUCAUGUAUUUCGCUCCGGACCUAUCCCGCUUCAAUCCGCAGCUGUUCUACUGGAUCUUCAUUCCCUUUGAUGUCAUCUGUCUUAUUCUUCAGGCCGCUGGCGGCGCCAUGUCGAGCAACUCUAACGGCGACGAUCGGCUCGGCGUCAAUAUCUCCAUGGCCGGUCUGGCUCUGCAGGUCGUUGUCCUGACCGCCUUUGUCGUCUGCUUUGCCGACUACAUGGUUCGAUAUGUGCGGUCUGGCCGCACUAGAAGCUUUGGUUGGCGCCUCAACACCUUUUUCCUCGGCCUGGCCUCGUCUGUCCUUCUCAUACUUGCCCGAUGCGCAUACCGUGUCGCCGAGUUGAAGGAUGGGUACAAUGGCAGCUUAAUCCGCGAGGAAAUUCCUUUCAUCAUCCUCGAGGGUGUGGUGAUUGUGAUUGCUGCCGUUGCGUUGUGCUUCGGUCACCCUGGUCUCGUUUUUGGUCGGGAUGAAGCCAGGAAGAACUCGCAUGACUUUGAGGAGAGCGGUACCAGCACUCCUGAGCGAAAGUAA